UGGGCUGGGAACUGUCCAAUCAGGCACGCAGCUUGAGCGGAGAGGACGGCUUCCGGGAUGUGGCGGGAUUUGUCGGAUUCUUUGUCUCUAGCUGCAGCUGGAGCGCCGCGUCUCGUCUUCACUGCUGUGUCCUCUGCUCCUAGAGGCCCAGCCUGUGUAGCCCUGUGACCUGCAGGUAUUGGGAAUCCACAGCUAAGACGCCGGGACCCCCUGGAAGCCUAGAAAUGGACGACCUGAGAUAUGGAGUGUAUCCUGUCAAGGGGGCAAGUGGAUACCCUGGGUCUGAGAGGAAUCUUCUGGAGUACUCUUAUUUUGAAAAGGGGCCGUUGACAUUUAGGGAUGUGGUCAUAGAAUUCUCUCAGGAGGAGUGGCAAUGUCUGGACACUGCUCAGCAAGAUUUGUAUAGGAAAGUGAUGUUAGAGAACUUCAGAAACCUGGUCUUCUUGGCUGGUAUUGAUGUCUCUAAGCCAGAUCUGAUCACCUGUCUGGAGCAAGGAAAAAAUCCCUGGAAUAUGAAGAGACACAGUAUGGUAGCCACACCCCCAGUUAAAUGUUCUCAUUUUGCCCAGGACCUUUGGCCACAGCCAGGCAUAAAAGAUUCUUUCCAAAAAGCGAUACUGAGAGAAUAUGGAAAAUACGGACAUAAGGAUUUACAGUUAAGAAAAGGCUAUAAAAGUAUGAAUGAGUGUAAUGUGCACAAAGAAGGUUAUAAUGAACUAAACCAGUGUUUGACAACUACCCAGAGCAAAAUAUUUCAAUGUGAUAAAUAUGGGAAAGUCUUUCAUAAAUUUUUAAAUUCAAAUACACAUAAGACAAGACAUACUGGAAAGAAACCUUUCAAAUGUAAAAAAUGUGGCAAAUCAUUUUGCAUGCUUUUACACCUAAGUCAACAUAAAAGAAUUCAUGUUAGAGAGAAUUCUUAUCAAUGUGAAGAAUGUGGCAAAGCUUUUAAAUGGUUCUCGACCCUUACUAGACACAGGAGAGUUCAUACUGGAGACAAAUCCUACAAACAUGAAGAAUGUGGAAAAGUUUUUAACCAGUCCUCAACUCUUACUAGACAUAAGAUGAUUCAUACUGGAGAGAAACCCUACAAAUGUGAGGAAUGUGGCAAAGCUUUUAAUUGGUACUCACACCUCACCAGACAUAGGAGAAUUCAUACUGGUGAGAAACCCUACAAAUGUGAAGAAUGUGGCAAAGCCUUCAGUGUAUUCUCAACUCUUACUAAACAUAAGAUAAUUCAUACUGGAGAGAGACCCUACAAGUGUGAAGAAUGUGGCAAAGCCUUUAAUGUAUUCUCAACCCUUACUAAACAUAAGAGAAUUCAUAAUGGAGAGAAACCCUACAAAUGUUUAGAAUGUGGCAAAGCUUUCUACCAAUUCUCAUACCUUGCUACACAUAAGAUGAUUCAUACUGGAGAGAGACCCUACAAACAUGAAGAAUGUGGCAAAGCUUUUAACUGUUCCUCACAAGUUACUAGACAUAAGAUAAUUCAUACUGGAGAGAAACCCUACAAAUGUGAAGAAUGUGGCAAAGCCUUCAACCAGUCUUCAAACCUUACUGUGCAUAAGAUAAUUCAUACUGGAGAGAAACCCUACAAAUGUGAAGAAUGUGGCAAAGCUUUUAAAAAGUCCUCAAACCUUACUAAUCAUAAGAUAAUUCAUACUGGAGAAAAACCCUACAAAUGUGAAGAAUGUGGAAAAGCUUUUAACCAGUCCUCAACUCUUACUAGACAUAAGAGAGUUCAUACUGGAGAGAAACCGUACAAAUGUGAAGAAUGUGGCAAAGCUUAUAACUGGUCCUCAAACCUUACUAAACAUGAGAAUUCAUACUGGAGAGACACCCUACAAAUGUGA